AUGUCCAGCCCGGGGCAAUACCAGAAUACUCGAGAGAGGCUCGCGCUGCACCGUGGAGUGGCCGCUCUCAGGACCGAGGAUCUCCUCAACCCGCUGUGUCUAGAGCUCCUAGGCCCUCGAGCUAAGGCUGAACUGGCUGGUCAUGCUCGAGCAUUGCUUCAUCGCGAGCUAGACUCCUCGAGUGAGGAGGAUGUAGACUUGAACAAGAAGUGGGCGAAGGAGCUGCCAUCAACAGAGUUGAGAUGCGACAGUAUAAGCUCGUCGAGUACCAUCACUUCGCUGGCCAUUCAUAGCGUAGAGGACGCCUCUGAAGACGUUGCCAGUGGUUCCUGGUGGCUGGCCGAGGAGCUCCUUCCGCAUGUCCUAUCCUUCAUAGUAGAAGUCGGAGCGAAUCUCAGGUUGCUAAGGGAAGUGUGUAGAGCCUUCAAUGCUGCCACUCAGUUGCCUCAGUGUUAUCAAGGCUCGCAUGUUCAUCUUAGCAGUGGAGUGUGUAAGGCUGUGGACCCCGAGGCCCGAUGGAUGAAAGUCCUCGAACUCCCUCUGGAGCUUGCCGCGUCAAUUACUGUCAGCACCCUCGGAGUACCCGCUUGCAACCUCGAGCUCUUGGCCGAUGCGUUUGGUAGAGACAAGGUGGUGCGGCACAUGACGGGCUUCGCUCGUGAAGCGCACAGCCCCAACAUUGAGUGGGUCGACGAGUACACCGUGAGGAGGAAGGAUGAGUACGAGCCUUUCCUGGCGAUAGUACUAGGGAAUGCUCCUUUGCGACGUCUUGCUUGCGGCGACCACUACUUUGCUUUUCGAGUAGCCAAGACGAGUCGUAGGCACUUUGGUGGUGGUGUGACCAUAGCCCUUACUGUCAGCCCCCCGCUGCACUCGGUGCCUGAAAAACUGCGUGGUCCUGAUGUGACUUUGGCAAUAGUGCAGAAGGGGGAGGUGUUUGUGUAUGGUGAGAAGAUAGAGACUAGAUUCCUCUUCUGGAAUGCAUCGGCGCUGAGAGAAGGAGAUGUGGUGGGGCUGCGAAUUGACCGAGAAGGGAACGUCACACUGUACAGAAAUAACAAAGUUGUACCAACUACAGCUCCCCUGCGGGUCGCCGACUUGGGCGUCCCUCCCCAAAGACUGUUGCCAGGGUUUGAUCAGCCCAGCAUAUACGCCAUGUUGCAUGUGAAGGCUAACACUACAGCGGUGACACUGCUGCCUGACCAUGAGCCUCCUGAAGAUGCGAAGUUUUGGCUCACUGAGGGCCAAUGA